CUCAUCAAUUAAUUUGUUUCCUGGAAACUUCGAUGUAUUCCUCUCCUCUUCGCAUAUAUAAUGAACUUCUUAAACUCACCUCUCUCCUAUCUCAAGCAACAAAUUAAAGGAUUAAUCCAUCAAUGGCUACACCCUCAAAUCCCUCCUCUGUAGAUCAAGGAGCGGAGGGACGACGCGAAGAACAGCCACCGGAAGUGGGGGGCGGCCGCUUAGUUAUGCCCGAGGAUGGGUACGAGUGGAAAAAAUACGGCCAGAAAUUUAUACGAAACAUCCAAAUGAUAAGGAGCUACUUCAAGUGCCGGAAUAAUCGAUGCAACGCGAAGAAGCGGGUCGAAUGGAUCCCAUCAAAUCCAACCAACAAUAUAAGGAUUGUGUAUGACGGACAACAUAGUCACGGUGCGCCAUCUGGUUCCGAUCAGGCAAGUUCCUCGGCGAACCAGUAUGAUCUGGGUAACCAAGUUUUCGGGCGAUCUAAUAAUGAGCCUUCUUAAGUGAUUAUGAUAUGUAUUAAUGGUCUAGAGAAGGAGUCACUGAAGCGCCAGCAAUUAAUACACUUCAUUUUGGUGUCCUUGAGUCUCUCUUAUAUGCUUUAGCAUAGCCUGUAUUUGAAUUCAUUUAUAUUCUAAUUUUUAGGGAUGUAGCACAUGUAAACUAAUGCCCUUCACUUUGGCCUUACAUGUAACUUUUCUUCUUUCUUUUUUUUUUUUUCCCUUCUUGGUGUGUUUUUUUUUGAU